GGCCACAAAAUAUUACAAAGUAAACUUCCUGUAUGACGUCACGUCACAUGCAAACAAAAUGGAGGACAGUCUUCCGGCAAAAAUGAUAAUAUAUUUAUUUCUUGCCAGUUGUUUAUGUAAGGCUAUUGUUAGCCAGAAGUUAGUGGUAACACAUGCACCAGGCUAUGUACAAUUUCUGGAACAGAAAGAGCCACUCCAGACCAGUGAAGUUCCUAAAGUGAUAUCUCAUACACUUGGCAUUCCUAGCCAUUCUGAUAUAAAAUGGAAAGGUCUCUUGCAAGGGUCAGUCUUUCAGCGCCCAAAAGCCAAUGUUCUCGUUACAGUACAGAUGGUGGAAGGACAGCCUGACCUGAAGCUUGUUAGCAAAGCUGAAUUUCCUGUCAACUUGGAUGUUGCUGGUGUUGAUGUAAGUGGAUUGAUGGCCUCACUACAGGGAAACUUUUUAGACAAAAAUCCUCUUCUCCUGGAUGCUGGUCUUGACAAUAGUAUAUUUGACAUUCAGUCAGAAUUUGAUGUGUUCCGCAAAUUGCCAAACACGCUGCUUAGAAUGUCAGACAGGUUAUUAGAUGCUGAUUCUGUGGCCCAAGAACACACUACUGGGACCUUGAACACUAGUUUGACCAGCGAUCUAUCAUUGAUGGGGGAAUUACAGAUGAUUCAAGAUGUUUUGAAAACUGUUGAGGGAGAAGAGAAAUUAAUGAAGUCUCAAACACCGGAUUUCUACAGUUUUAUGAUUGGUGGAUUACCGAGAGUUGCUGAUAAACAUGGUAAACAAUCAACCCAGUCACAAGAUGCUUCAACUCUUGUCUCAGAUUUCCUUAAUAAGAUGACGGAACAGUUAAAGACGUUGUAUAAGGACAAUGUAGUUGUUGAAGUUCUUGCUGUACAUUCCCCACAUGAUAACUUAAUUAGAAAAAGUAGAAGUCUUAAAGCUGUUGAAGAAACUAAAAAAAAUGUGACCGGCUAUAACUUAGCAAUGGACUAUGACGAGAUGUACCCAGUGACCUUCAAUAUCUGUCUAUGGCUAAUGAUUUUACUAGCUAUUACAGUAUUUGGUGUGUGUUACAGUAUCUGGAACAUGGACCCAGGACGUGAUAGUAUCAUAUACAGAAUGACUACCACUAGAUUGAAGAAAGACUAAAAUUUCAUGAUCUGUAGCAUUUAUUUUCAAGUUACUUGUAGAAAUGUCCCUUGAACUGUGCUAGAGUAGAUAUUAAAUGGAUUUUUAGUGUAAAAGUUGUGUUCAAGGUUAUAAAAACUUCAUAUAGAAACCUGUCUGGAUUCACAAGCUUUUGAUUGGCUUAUUCUGUUAACCAUUUUGAAAUUGGCCAAUGGCAGGGCAGGGUUGUCAGACUGGUUUCAAAUUUCCAUUUUACAACUUUGGACUGUAUGCUAGUUUCACAUGAAUAUAUGUGUGAAAGGUACAAAAAGGGUAAGAUGACAUUCCAUUUGUAAAGUAAUAGUUUUGCAUUGUUAUGAAUUUUAUGAAUCUGUUAAGACAGAUCUAUAAUGCUUAAUCUAUCAAUUAUUCACGUGCAAAUUGAACAAAAAUCCUGUAACUACCUUAUAUAGAAUGCAUAUUUUAUUUGUGUCUUUUAUUUAGAACAAUAAUAUUUGAAAGAACAUUGACUUAUACAGAGAAUCUUCCUGUGUAAAAAUUAACAAAUAUAUUACUUUUUCACCAUAUCUGUAUAAUAGGUGUUAAAACUCCCUCCUAUGAAGUCAAUGGAAAAAUGUGAUUUCCUGAUUCCUGCUAGUCAAAUAUGUGGAUAUAUGUCUUGUAUCUAGGUUGAUCUAUGCCUUACAAUAAACAAAAAUAGAAAUAACGGAAAGAAAUUUAACAAAUAAAUACCAAGAAACACAGUGUCAGCAUUUUUCAACUCUUUAAAGAAACUGCCUCCAGAUUUUUGCUUCUUUGAUUAGAUAUUAAAGAAUUAAUUUUGAAUUUAACAGGCUUAAAUUUUUAGAAAUAUUUCAAUAAACUUUAGAGUGAAUAAUCAUUUUGUCAACUUUUUAUAGUACCAGUAAUAAAUCAGUGGUAUACGGCAGUAACAGACAUGAAAAUUUACGAAUUGGUCCAAAUCAAAUCAUGUGUAUAAAUAUUUUUUCUACCUGUGUAGACUAAUAACAAGAAAAUAUUUCUGAAAAAUGUAAGUUAAAAAUCAUGCCCCCUGAUUUUGUGAUGUUUUAUCUACAGUAGAAAUAAUAUUGUGUAUAAAUGAUAACAAAUUACUUGUAUAUUAAUUUGAAUAUAAUAAAUUAUUGUUUAUGUAAAGUGAUAUGAUUUAUUUAUAAUUCUUAAAUGAUUUGUAUGAAUGAUUCAUGGUAGUUGUAAGUACUGCAGCUUGCAAAUUAUUUGCCUUCUGGUUAAACAUGAAUGUUGCCCAUGCAAAAAUAAAACUUCAUAACAUAGCUUUACCAGAUUCUGUUGAUGAAACAAAAUAUAGUUCUUUAAUUUAAUAUAUAUUGACAAUAAAUGCAAAGAUCACAUAAACCUUUGAAGGAAUUCCACUGAAGUACAAUGGCCUUAAAACAUAAAAUUUGAAUUUUUUACAUACUUAAAACAAAAAGUAAUUAUGAAACAGCCCCCCCCCCCCCCCCUCGGGAACUAAAUUGAAAAUAAUAUUUUUAUGUUAUUCUUAGCAAGAUUUGAGUGAAAACAUUAAUGGGUCAUUUUUUUAACCAGUUUUUUACAGUUAGAAUAUUUAUGCUGGAAGAAAACAGAGUGAGAGAAUGAUCUGAAAUAUUGCACACAAGUUACUGGUCUAGAAUUGCAUGGAAUAUUAAUCUGGAUCUUGCCAUGUAAAAAAAAACCUUGGUGGACUCCCUUAAAAUUCACAACAACACAAUAGCAAUAAUUUAUUUUUUCUUCUUCAUAUUUAUAUCCUUUGUGAAACCAGAAGAAAAUAUUUAUCAAUAUUGCAGUAAAUUGAGUAUUAUUUUAAAAGUUAGUUGUAUCAUAAUGUGAAACUGUAAAAAAUAGAAUAUAUGUAGCCAGAAACAACAUGUAUUGUUACAUAGAGAAAUCCUUUGUUUAGAUGUGAAGUUGAAUGUAAAGCAUGAAAAAAAGUAAGAAGUUUGCAAAGAUUUUGUUAUUUAAAUUAUUGUGUACUGGCAAACCUGUGUUAAAUACCACCUCUGAAUAAUGGCAGCCUGCAAAUAAAGGCUACUUUUUGAUAAGCCUUCAUUGAAAAAAAUGGAGUAAAAUAACUUCCAAAUAAAGAACAUUUGUCUCGAAAGACAACGUUUUCUCUAUCCUUUGAGUGACCUUAAAUUACAGGUUUGACUGUACAUAUACAUGUGUUUAUGUAACUGCGUUUGUACAAUUUAAGUAUUUUAAUAUUUCUUUUUGUUUUAAAGCAGCAUGCCUCCAGAUUCGUGUUAAUUUUCAUGAAAAUUUUGGAAAUGUCUUUAGAAAGAAAGUAUUAUAAGUUGAAGAAAUAAAGUAAUUUAUAUAUAGCAGUUGGUACGUACAAUCCACAGAAAUUACCAGAAAGUGGUCAACAUAUACAAAAACAGCCCUUACUGUGUUUGUAACACAGUAGAAAUAUGGUAAUAAAAUACUGCAAAAUCAGUCUCAAACCGCAUGUUCAUUCUAAAUGUAACUUUGAUCUUGAAUGUUUUUACUGUUCUUAAAAUUUUAGUACAUUUUGUCUAUAUUUAUUUUGUUGAACUAUUUUGGCUCAUCUGGAGGCAGGCAGCUUUGAAAUAGCCGAA